UUCCACUUAGAAACUCGUUUUUAACUACAUUGGACAGAGGGAUUGAAAUGGUUUCCCUGAAAGUUGGUUCAUGGACAAGUCCAGCAAUGCCAGAGUGGAGAUGUUUGAGAUGCAUUGUUUAAUCGGGCUGGAGAAUUGGUUAUUGGAUAAUACUAGGGCCAUGAAGGCAUGAACCAAUCUUGAUUGCAUCUGUCGCUGUCUGGAAAAUUUUCACCUAAUUUAUUCUUUGACAGGUCGAUUCUUUGGCUUGGGCCUUCUAACCCUCGUUCCAACUUCCAAGAACAAUUCCAGAGCCAUAGUACCUUCUUAUCGGAAACAACAAGAUCAAUGAUUCACAGUUUAGCCAGCCACUUUGGGAACGCUCCGGCGAUUCGAUUCCUGCUAAAGUCUAAGUAAGAAAUUUCAUAAGGGACGACGACUAGGGAUUCGGAAGAGUCGGUGGUUAUAUUGCCGGCGAAAGAGUGAACGACGACUGCUUGCAAAGAGGAGAGAGAGGUGAAUCAGAUAGAGAUAUAAAUAAUUAAAUUUUAUCUUUUUAAUAGUUGAAAAUAAGGUGGAAAAUAUAAUUAAUUAAAUUUUAUUUAUUUUAUUGUUUUUUAAUUGCCAUGUCACACAUUUAACGGUCAACUAUAAGAGUUGACUACCACGUAAGCAAAAGUUAAUGGAGUUGGACGGAGAGUGACGAAAGUUAGAAUAUUUAACUAAUUUUAGUGACCACAAAUGGAAUUAAAUAUUUUUAGUGACCAAACGUGAACAUUUUUUACAAUCUCAAUGACCGACCUUGCAAUUUACCUGUUUUGGAUGACUGAGUUUGUCAUGUAUUUCCUCUAUUUGUUGCAGUUAGGGCUGUUAAUGAACCAAGCCGCUCAUGAACGGCUUGGUGUGCGACUCGAGAAAAACUCGUUCGACACUCGAUUCGUUUUAAUCGAGCCGGCUCGCGAACAAGCUCGUUAACUAAACGAGCCGAACUCGAGCCAUACCAUGUUCAGCUCGAAAGCUCGCGAACAAGCUCAUUUAAUGGUUUGACAUAAAAAAAAGAUUAGUAUUCAUGGAUUUUAUAUAUUGAAAUUGGGAUAAAUAUUGUGUUUUACUUUGCUAGACUUUGUUACAGGUUAGAAUGUAAUUUUGUGCACAGUUCUAGGUCAAUCUUGAGCUGUCAUGAACAUUUUAUGAGCUGAACUCGAAUUUGGGCUCGUUAAGCUUAUUUGACGAGCCGAGCUCGAGUCGAGCUUUCAUUUUCAUAAACGAGCCGAGCUCGAGCUUGCAUAUUAAAACUCGUGACGAACACGAGCCGAGUUCGAGCCUGGAAAUAUAUUAACGAGCCGAGCCCGAACUAUGACAAAGCUCGGCUCGACUCGUUACCAGCCCUAGUUGCAGUAUUGGUAAUCGUUUUAACCGCUGGCAUUUACUAAUGACAAGAGUCGCACGUAUAUUCCGGGCCGUGAUUUUAAUUUGUAUGGGCUUUAAAGAGCCCAUAAAAGAAUCCGAGUCUGGGUCUCGGCCCUCGUGGAUCGACUGAAGCUUCCCGCCACCUAUCAGAAAGAGAAGACUGAAGAGAUUAGCUGGAAUCCGAAUCCCUCAAACUUUUCAAAUGAGUGGUUCGGGUUAUCGAACUGUAAAUCUCCUCUUUCUUCUUCUACCUUCUAUCGCUCUUCGUAUCUACCCAUCCUUCCUUCAUCUACAGCUCAGUCAGUUCUCGAUUCAAAUUGGCUCUCCAAUGUCAUCAUAUUUUCUCAUCCCUCUGAAUCCUCCGCUUUCAAUCAUCCAACGCCACAAGCCGCCCAACGCUCUUCCUCUUCUCGCGCUCUACUCCAAGUCCUCCUUGCUCCACAAGACUCACGUCUGCCAUGCUCACUCCUCAAUCUCAUCCUCUUCUGGUUCUGAUCGCGAGGAGCUUCUCUGGCUCCGCGAAGAGCAGCGGUGGCUGCGCGAGGAGCAGCGGUGGCUCCGGGAAGAGGAGAGGUGGCUUCGCGAGCGGGAGUCGCUGUUGAGCGAAAUUCAGUCGCUGAAGCUCCAAAUCCAGGCCUUAGAGAAGAGGAUUACGGUUGCCGGAGCUGAUUCGGUGCCGGCGAAUGUCGGUGCGUUGCUGCAGGUUUUGAAGGAGCGGAGUUUGAUUCUGGAGAGCGCGUCGAGUGCGACCCCGAUUGAACUGGUGGAGACGGUGGAAGAGGAAUCGGAGGCGGCUCGUGUUGUGGAGGUGAAAAACGAGGAGACGGCGGCGGUAGGGAGCGCUCGUGUUGUGGAGGUGGAGAAUGAGGAGACGAAGCUUAGGAGGAAGAAGAAAGCAUUGAGAGCAGGAAGCGAAGGAGAGGAGGUUCGAGAGAUGCAGGAAGCAUUGCAAAAACUGGGGUUUUACUCAGGGGAGGAGGAUAUGGAGUUCUGCAGUUUCUCAUCUGGGACUGAGCUUGCUGUCAAGACAUGGCAAGCAACAUUAGGUGCUCCAGAAGAUGGAAUAAUGAGCGCAGAACUGCUCGAGAGGCUGUAUUUGGAGACAAGGACUGAGGUUCCGCUGAAGGGUGAUAUCAAUGGUGCUGCUGUUGCUCCCAUGACUGAACUGUCCAAAAUCCACCAGAAAGUUGUGAAGGAAGAGGGUGCGACUGAAGUCGAGGCAUCUGAUCACCGAGUGUUUCUCCUUGGUGAGAAUAGGUGGGAGGAACCAUCGCGGCUUGUUAGCAGAUAUAAAGAAGACACUGCAAAUAGGGGUACAAGGACCACACAGUGCCGUGCCUGUCGAGGCACAGGCCGUGUGAUGUGCACAGAAUGUGAUGGAACAGGGGAACCGAAUAUUGAACCGCAGUUUCUGGAAUGGAUAGGCGAAGACACCAAGUGUGCAUAUUGCGACAGCGGGUUUAUAACAUGUGAUGUAUGUGACGGCAAAGCAGUUUCCUAGGGACGUUAUUCUCCACUGGUAUCAGUUUUUGGACAGAGAGAGAGUAGCUGGAAGAGAGCAUAUACAGAAGCCAAAUCGUUCACAUGUAAUAAGUAAUUCUUGCUAGUCUUAUGAAUGGACAAUGUAUGCAUCCAUUUUAUUGCAAGUUCGAACUUCGAACAAUACGAAACAGUUCUUCUCAUUUAUUCCAAAUAACGUAGAACAAACAACCAUCGCAACACUGACUAAAUAGUUCAGACUUUU